GUAGAGAACAAAAUUAUCAUUUGUUACACAAUUAAAUGUUUAAGAAUUAAAAUCAUUACUGCUUUGAUAUUUCAGUGGUUGCGUGAGGAUGACCCAAACUUAGCAAGUAUUAUUUCAUGUAUUUAGUUGUUGAAGUACAGUACACCUACGUUACUAAUAGCAUAAAUGUAUCACGUUUCCUUCUCUCUCUUUAUCAUUAAAACACACAUGAACACACUUUAACAGCUAUCAUUAAAACAGCACUGCUCUGUGAAUAAUUAUUGAAUGCUUAUAGUUCAUACAUUGUUUUAUAUCAUGCUGUGCACACUGUGAAAAGUGUUUGUUGUAUAGACCUUGACUGUUUUUCAGAUAUUUCAGCAUGUUGAUCAUGGUCACCAUUCUGUCCAACUGUGUGUUCAUGACCCUGAGUAAUCCUCCAGCCUGGAGUAAAACUGUGGAAUAUGUCUUUACUGGUAUAUACACCUUUGAAGCAACAGUCAAAGUUAUUUCCCGAGGCUUUUGCAUCGGACCUUUUACAUUCCUCCGUGACCCGUGGAACUGGCUGGAUUUCAUGGUCAUCAGCAUGGCGUACGUCACAGAAUUUGUAGAUCUUGGCAAUUUGUCAGCACUGAGGACGUUCCGUGUACUCCGAGCUCUCAAAACCAUCACUGUUAUUCCUGGUUUGAAAACCAUUGUUGGGGCUCUGAUCCAGUCGGUCAAGAAGAUGGUGAAUGUGAUGAUUCUGACCGUCUUUGCGCUGGCUGUUUUCGCUCUCAUUGGCCUGCAGCUGUUCAUGGGAAAUCUGCGUCAGAAGUGCAUUCGCUGGCCCAUCCCAAACGGCACCAGCAUCUUUGAUGACUACAAUUUUACCCUGAUCAAUGACACCACCCUGAACGGCACUGACACUUUCGAUUUCAAAGCCUACGUAGAAAAUGAAGAUAACCAAUACUUUCUUGAUGGAAGUUUAGACGCUUUAUUGUGUGGUAACAGCUCUGAUGCCGGGAAGUGUCCUGAAGAAUACACAUGUAUGAAGGCCGGCCGGAACCCAAACUAUGGUUACACCAGCUACGACAACUUCGGCUGGGCCUUUCUUGCCCUCUUCAGACUCAUGACUCAAGAUUACUGGGAGAAUCUCUUCCAGCUGACCCUUCGGGCUGCUGGGAAGACCUACAUGAUCUUCUUUGUGGUGGUCAUCUUCUUGGGCUCGUUCUACCUCAUCAAUCUGAUCUUAGCCGUGGUUGCCAUGGCGUACGAUGAGCAGAAUGAGGCCACCCUGACCGAGGCCCGUGAAAAAGAAGAGGAGUUUCAGAGAUUGCUAGAGCAGCUCAGGAACCAAGAGCAAGAGACAGGCAGUAAACCGUCGUUGGCCAGCCAGACAACACAAAGUCUCCGGUCGAACAGAACAUGUUCCCUACACAGUCUCGGAGAUGAUGAUGUCAUCAAGGACUGUAAUGGCAGAAUAAUGCCUCUUCUCAUUGUCACCAGCGUUCACUCUGACCGAGAGAUCUUAGCUGAAGAGGACCACAAGUCUAUGAGCUCCAAACACAGCAUGCAGUAUCUGGACCAGCCCAAACUCUCCAAGAGAGCAGCCAGUGCCGUCAGCGUGUUCAGUGCCACUAUGGAGGAGUUGGAGGAGGCUCAGAGGCCUUGUCCACCCGGCUGGUAUAAGUUUGCGGACAUUUUCCUUAAAUGGGACUGCUUCGCUCCCUGGAUCGUCUUUAAGAAGUGGGUCCAUUUUGUAGUGAUGGACCCAUUUGUCGAUCUAGGUAUCACCAUCUGCAUUGUGCUCAACACACUUUUCAUGGCCAUGGAGCACUACCCCAUGAGUCCGGAUUUCGAACAUGUUCUUUCAGUGGGCAACUUGGUAUUUACCGGAAUCUUCACAGCAGAAAUGGUCUUCAAGCUUAUUGCCAUGGACCCUUACUACUAUUUCCAGGUGGGCUGGAACAUUUUUGACAGCAUCAUUGUCACACUCAGCCUGGUAGAGUUGGGACUGGCCGAUGUCCAGGGGCUGUCUGUUCUGCGGUCCUUUCGUUUGCUGCGUGUCUUCAAGCUGGCUAAAUCGUGGCCCACCCUUAACAUGCUGAUCAAGAUCAUUGGUAACUCAGUUGGUGCUCUGGGGAACCUGACCCUUGUCCUGGCCAUUGUCGUCUUCAUUUUUGCGGUGGUGGGCAUGCAGCUCUUUGGCAAGAGCUACAAGGAAUGCGUGUGUAAGAUCUCGCAGGACUGCGUAUUGCCCCGCUGGCAUAUGCACGACUUUUUUCACUCGUUCCUCAUCGUCUUUCGUAUCCUGUGUGGAGAGUGGAUCGAGACUAUGUGGGACUGCAUGGAGGUUGCUGGUGCAGGGAUGUGUUUGGUGGUCUUCAUGAUGGUCAUGGUCAUUGGUAACCUGGUGGUGCUGAAUCUUUUCCUGGCCCUGCUGCUCAGCUCCUUCAGUGGAGAUAACCUGUCUACAGGUGAUGAGGACGGCGAGAUGAACAACCUCCAGAUCGCCAUCGGCCGCAUCACCAGAGCCAUAGACUGGCUCAAAGCCUUUAUUGCCAGUAUGGUGCUGCGGAUGGUUGGGAAAAAAAACCCUGAUGUCAAAAAAGAGGUCGUGGAGACAGACACAGAACUGGACGCAUUAAAUCACCUGCAGAAGGAAACAGUGGCCGACAGUUUGACCAACUGUGUACAGCCUUCAGUCAUCACUGUGCCUAUAGCUCGCUGUGAGUCUGAUGUUGAGGAGGAGGAUUCAGAUGAAUCUUCCGAUGAAGAUGAGGGAAAAGUAGCUCUUAAUGAUGACGAUUCAUCAGUGUGCAGUACAGUGGACUACGUGCCUCCAGAACCCAAACCAGAACCAGAGGAAGAGGAGGAACCAGCACCUGAAGAUCCAGAGCCCUGUUUCACUGAAGGUUGUAUUAGACGAUGUCCGUUUUUGAAUGUGGACAUCACAGAAGGUCGGGGGAAGAGGUGGUGGAACCUUCGGAGAACGUGCUUCACCAUCGUUGAGCACGACUACUUUGAGACCUUCAUCGUCUUCAUGAUCCUCCUCAGUAGUGGAGCUCUGGCAUUUGAAGACAUCAACAUCGAGCGUCGUCAAGUCAUCAAGAUCAUCCUGGAGUAUGCUGAUAAAGUCUUCACGUACGUCUUCAUAGUGGAGAUGUUACUGAAGUGGGUGGCGUAUGGUUUUAAGACCUACUUCACCAAUGCAUGGUGCUGGCUAGACUUCCUCAUUGUAGAUGUGUCGGUUGUGAGCUUAGUUGCCAAUUUAUUGGGCUAUUCUGACUUGGGACCUAUCAAAUCUCUGCGUACACUCAGGGCGCUUCGGCCUCUUCGAGCCCUGUCAAGAUUCGAGGGAAUGAGGGUGGUGGUGAACGCGCUGGUGGGUGCCAUCCCCUCCAUCUUUAACGUUCUUCUGGUGUGUCUGAUAUUCUGGCUGAUCUUCAGCAUCAUGGGAGUCAAUCUGUUUGCUGGGAAGUUCUACCACUGCAUCAACAGCACUACGGAGGAACGGCUCUCCAUGGAUGUGGUGAACAACCACAGUGACUGCAUGGCUCUGAUGGAAACCGACGAGGUGCGCUGGGUCAAUGUGAAGGUCAACUAUGACAACGUUGGACUCGGCUACCUCUCUCUACUGGAAAUCGCCACAUUUAAAGGCUGGAUGGACAUCAUGUAUGCUGCAGUGGACUCUAGAGAGGUGGGGGAACAGCCGUCCUACGAGAUCAACCUCUACAUGUACCUGUAUUUUGUGAUUUUCAUCAUAUUUGGCUCGUUUUUCACACUCAACCUCUUCAUCGGCGUCAUCAUCGACAACUUCAAUCAGCAGAAGUCCAAGUUUGGAGGGAAGGACAUCUUCAUGACAGAGGAGCAGAAGAAAUACUACAAUGCCAUGAAGAAGCUGGGAUCCAAAAAACCUGUCAAACCCAUCCCUCGACCAACUAAUAGGAUUCAGGGCCUGGUGUUCGACCUGAUAUCACAGCAGUUCUUUGACAUCUUCAUUAUGGUCCUCAUCUGUCUCAAUAUGGUGACCAUGAUGGUGGAGACAGAUGACCAGACUCCUGAGAAAGAGGAGAUCCUCUACCUGAUCAACCUGGUCUUCAUCAUUGUCUUCUCUGGGGAAUGUGUGCUCAAGUUAUUUGCGCUCAGACAGUACUUUUUUACCAUUGGUUGGAACGUCUUUGAUUUCGUCGUGGUCAUUCUAUCUAUUGCAGGUCUAAUGUUAGCAGACAUCAUCGAGAAGUAUUUUGUGUCUCCCACCCUAUUCCGCGUCAUUCGACUCGCUCGGAUCGGCCGGGUGCUGCGUCUCAUCAGAGGAGCGAAAGGCAUUAGGACUCUGUUGUUUGCCUUGAUGAUGUCACUUCCUGCCCUGUUCAACAUCGGACUGCUUCUGUUCCUCAUCAUGUUCAUCUUCUCCAUCUUCGGGAUGUCUAACUUCGCCUAUGUGAAAAAGCAGGCAGGCAUCGACGACCUCUUCAACUUCGAAACAUUUGGCGGCAGCAUCAUCUGUCUGUUUGAGAUCACGACCUCAGCGGGCUGGGAUGGCCUUCUGCUGCCCAUCCUGAACAGCGGCCCUCCGGACUGCGACCCUGACAUAGAGAACCCUGGGACCAGCUUCAGGGGCAACUGUGGCAAUCCCCCCAUGGGCAUCAUGUUUUUCUGCAGUUACAUCAUCAUGACCUUCCUGGUAGUGGUCAACAUGUAUAUCGCUAUUAUUCUGGAGAACUUUAACGUCGCUCAGGAGGAGAGCGGAGACCCGCUGUGCGAGGAGGACUUUGAUAUGUUUGACGAGACGUGGAAGAAAUUUGACGUCGAAGGCACGCUGUUUAUUGAAUACGACCGCUUAUUUGACUUUGUCGACACAUUGCAGGAUCCACUGCGCGUGGCCAAACCCAACCGCUUCAGACUGAUCGCCAUGGAUCUGCCCAUCGUAAUGGGCGACAAAAUACACUGUCUGGAUGUUCUCUUAGCAGUAACUCGAGAGGUUCUGGGUGACUCCAUUGAGAUGGCUGCUAUGGAAGAGAGCAUGGCAGCAAAGUUCCUUGCGAGCAAUGCUUCUUUCGAGCCCAUCGUCACCACCGUCAGGAGGAAAGAGGAGGAGCGGGCGGUUAUCGUCAUUCAGCGAACGUACCGCAGACAUCUACUUAAACGUGCUGUCCGUCACGCCUGCUCCAUGCGGCGUUCCAAGAGCAAAGCUAAGAGUCAGGGGGACGAGGACCUGGUUGCGAGGAAAAUGGAUGCCUUCUAUGGCAGCAACCCGGAACUCGCCAUGGCCCUUGAGCUGCAGAUAAGACCAAUGCCAACUAACGCACAGCCACCCGAACCAACGGCGGUCGCACAGCACAGAGUGUCAGUGACUUACCCUCGACCGCAAGGACAGCUCAUAGUGCCGGUGGAGCUCACAGGCGAGGUGAUCCUCCUCUCCGCACCCAGCACGGUUCAUGAGCUCUCCAGUUCAGAGAAGGCAGCCAUCAAAGAGUCAGUGGUGUAAGCGGUGGGCCUGUGAUAAUCCACCCGAACCCAGACUAACAGGACAGCACUGGAAUGCUAGAUUUUUGGGAGUAACUUUUUUUUAUUGAAACUUUUUAAAGUCGGGACUUUUCUUCUUAAUUUUUCCUAAUUCGAAAAAUCUGGAAGAAUCGCUGGGAUUUCAGUCAAGUUCUUCUGCUCUUGUAAAUUGUGUACGCUGUUGUGUACACUUUUUUAUUAAAAAAACGGCCUGUUUUUGUGGGAAUUUGUAACUAUUUUACAAGUUGGCUUUUUUGUAUGAAUUUGUAUUUGGUGAAUUGUACAAAACAUUUUUUUUUUAAAUCAACAGUCAUUGGCACGAAAGCAGAUUGUGCAAGAACUUGUAAAUUUAUAUCAAAUUUAAGUGAAUAAACACUGUUGGGUGUAACUUGUUACUAAGUAACUUUAAGUAACUUAAGUAACCCUUGAAAAAGGAAAGUAAGGGAUUACUCUUAUUUUAUCUGUAAUUUAACUACAUUUACUAUGAUUUAACAUAUGCAGGGUUUUUCCCACCAUAGAGAAAUUGGAGGUGGCCGCCUCCGUCAAAUCGUGCCGCCUUAGACUCUAGCCAAAAUCAUGUCGGUUGUCUUCACAAAAACGUGCAUUUAACAGACCCAGCAAUCUUGUUUUCAUUCAUGUGACAUUGAAACAUGCUUUUGCAACUUGUCUUUUUAGCUUCCUGUGACUAAUCCUAAAACUGUCUACAGUAUCUAGUAUUACUCAAAUAAUUUCACAGUUAACAGCGUCCUUACACAUUUAACAAGGCCUGGCUGUCCUGUGUACUAUUCAUAAUAUCAGUUCACAUGGUAACAGAAAGUUGGAGACGGUAAAUGAGAUCCGCUGCAGUCAUGCAGAGCACAAUUUGGGUAAAACGUGGAGGAACAGCUAUAAUCCUCGUGGAUUUUACUCGUUCUGCAAUGACUAAACGUCUCCUGCUGACACGUUCAUGUCAAUGCAUAGAAACACUUCCUCUUAACGCCCUGCUAGUCACAACUGAAAAUUCAACCUGAUCGCACGGAAAAUGUAUACGACGUGAAUGUACAAUUAUUGGAUACAAAACAGCAUAAAGGUCCUUAAAACUAGCCAUUACUGGGGUGAGAGCAGAUCAUUUGAAACUGCACUAAUGAGAUUGGGUUCAUCUAUAAUUUGCUAAAAUGUAAAAUAGUUACAAAUUGUCAUGAGAUUGUGUUUGAAUUUCUCCUGUGAUCAUUCAACUGAUGUGCGGAGGGUUCAUCACUCCUGCAAUUCAUUUGGUUUUCCAAAAAUAUUUAAUCCAGAUUAUUUUUGGUAAACAUAAAUAACACUUUGGUCUUAAACCACUUGUCAGUACAGAGGUCUUGUUAGCGGCACCAUUUUGUCACACUCCACUGAUGAAUAUAUAUUGUGUAAAAGUUGCAACAUCAAGUGUUACAUUAGAUUUUUGUUUUCUGUGGAAAUUUAUGGUUAAUGUUGACAUGAAAUAGUUGUUUAAAGAGCCCUUUUUUUUUCAUCUGAAUUUCAUGUAUGUUUUGUUUAUCAUCACCUCAUGUUGUUGUUGCUAAGCACAUGCAGUGUUUACAACUUUGUAUUCCUUUCACCUGAUAUAUUCAUAUUUCAUAUUAAAACGCCAUUUCAAGACAUUUUCAUGUUAUUUGUACCCUUGAUUUGACAUAAAUUUGUUAGUAUUAUAUGGCAUGUGUAUUUGUUGUUGUAUGUUUUAGGGAAAUUCAAUUCAUAAUUUCUUUUGAGCUGUAAAAGUUCUCAUGUCUUAAAGUGACUGCAAAUGUCUUAUUUCUAAGAAUAUGGAAUUUCUAAAUAAAGCACUUUUGGGUUUUAUAGUUCACCUCCUGUAUAGUUUUUAGAUCUGUCCAUAUGUUUUGCUUUCACAUUAAUGUUGAUUUUUUUCCCAAUGUUUACAUUUUUACCUGAAGAGAAGAUAAUAUUAUGUGUGCUGGUUUCUUUACUGCUCAUAUGUACAUUUUUCUGUAUGAUAGAUGUAUCUGAGUUUC